AUGACCUCGUUCCCCUCGCGGAUUCAUCGGCCGCGCAAGACGUGCAUCCAGUGCGCCAAAGCGAAGCGAAAAUGCGACAGGACAAGUCUUUCAUGCUUGCGUUGCCGGGAAAGGGGCAUGCGCUGCGUAUAUCCAUCAAGAUUGAUAUUCAGAGAUGGAUCCGAGCCCACUGUCGCGGCACCUGAUACGGCAGAAGUGGGACGAGAUAGCGACAGGGCUUCGAACAGGGCCUUAUUGAUGGGGACGUGCUCGAGUCCUACGUAUCCUCCUCUCGCUGAUGCGGUUCAGGAACCAGGGAACCACGUGAGCUUCACAGAUGUAAUCGAGACCACUCUCAGCAGCCGAUGGUUCCUGCACCCCCAAACCUGGAUACGUCAACACGGGUGGGCUACGCCCCAAUACGAGCUCCCUGUGAGCGAAAAGUCCUUGCCGCAUUUCAUCAGCAAGCUAAAACGCUGGGCGGAUGACUGGGUGCGGGACGGGCAUAGUCCCAUUAUGCACAGGCUCACCUAUGAAGGAUACACUCCUGAGUGCGUUGAGGACGCCUACACAUCGCUGGCAGCGUACAACGCAGCCUCUCCCAGCGCGAAACCGACAGCACUGCGGGUCAUCGAGAGCCGCGUCAACAAGCUGCUGAUAUCGCAGACCCAAGAGGAUGUGGACGGGAUCUCCUCAGCUUUCAUUCUUAAUACGUGCAUCCACCUCGCUCGCACCCAAGCGCUGUUCAUCUACCAACUGAUACGCUUAUUUGACGGCGAUAUCCGCGCCCGCGUCCAAGCCGAGAGCCAUAUGGAUAUUCUGAAUAGAUGGAGCAACCAGAUGAUCGAGAGCGCUCAGCUAGAUUACGCCGCUGCCGACCUGGUCCUCAGUCAAAGCGCCAGCACGUCGUCCACCAUGACGGUGACCACGACCACCAACAAUCCAUUCUCCGUCCCGCCCUCCGCCCCACCGCCAGUCCUCCACAAAGCCUGGCUCCUAUCCGAGUCCAUCCGCCGCAUCUACAUCGCCUCCAUCUUCAUGCAGGCCGUCUACAACACCCUCAGGCGGGGGUGGUCCGUCUGCCCCGGCGCCAUCGCCUAUACCGCACAGAGCGGGCUGUGGGAUGCAAGGGAGUGCUAUACCUGGGCCAGGGCACUGCGCCGCGGCCGGGAUCCGGGUGGGCAGAAAAUUCGGGAACGGGGGGAUGAUGCUCCUCAAGCUCGCGAUGGUGGUGAGCAGGAGCUGUUGUCGCCGUGGGUGGAUGAGUUUGCGGUUGCGGUGGCGGAGAUUAGUUGUGGGGUUGAGAGGGUUGAGCAGUGGGUAUUUGAGAAGGGGGGAGAAUAG